UACACAUCCUGGGUGGCUAUACAAUGCUCAGCUUCAUAUGUUUUGAAAAAUCUAGCAUGUAGUGUCGCUAAAAUACGCUUGGGACUGAAGCCUUUUUCUACGUGUUGGUCGAAACAAGCAUCACAUUGUAUAUCUGGCCACGUCCUUACAAUCGCUAGGAAAGGGUAGGAAUGUUAGUUUAACGUCUACUUGAAGAUACAGGGUACCCAAACUAUCUCCUAGACGUUAAGGAAAAGGAAUUUGUGUUAGUAGGGCAGCCAAUCAAUGUUUGACAAACACAAUAUUGAAGAGGAAAAAAUAAAUAAACAAAUAAAAACAGAAAUCGUUCGCAUUAAAAGCCAAAACAUUUAAAAACAGAAACAUCACAAAAACACACCAAGUUUCAAUCCAUGCUUCCACUUUAGGCAGGAAAAUAGCAAAAUUGAAACUUGAUGUGGUAGAUCUUACGCCGUAACGCAACCACCCACGGGAUAAUGGAAGUUUAAAAUUAAAAUAUAUAAACAUAAAACAAUAAUCAUAUUUUCAAAAAGUACAUCAAAUUGGGAUCGUGGAACGUUUCUACAUUAUUGCCUGAUCACUAUAGGCAGUAAAUAGUAGGAUCAAAAUUUGAUGUGGUAGAUCUUAAUCCGUAACGUACCGUUUCUAAGGUGAUCUACACACGUUACGGGGAAACAAUUUAACACGAAACACAGUUCUAGCGUAAAAAAAAAUGAUUCAGCUAAUACACUCCUCAUUGAACUUUUGUUUCAGAUCCAAUAAAAUAUGGACGGUUUAGAAAACCUAAAGCACACCGAUCAACUUCUGGUACGUCGUCACAGGGAAUCGUUGGAAAUGGAAGAGGGCCCCCCUUUGACAAACCAGUAUUUGAUAGAAAACGUGCCCGACGAAACCAUUUACCGGGCAGCAGAGGGUCCAGCAUUUUGGGCUCGUACCUGUUUCGGCCACAAUAGACCCUUUGAGUUGGCCCUGCUGGACAAUGAACGGCGAAAAGCAAUGGUGUUCCGGCGGCCUCUGUUUUACAAAUCUUGGCGAUUCCUCUGCCGACUGAAACGGAUGGAUGUCUUUGGGCCGCAUGGCGAGCACGUUGGACGAAUUCAGCAGGGUUGGUUUUUCGGAAGGCCUCGGUUCAUUGUGAUGAAUUCCUCUGGAGAGAGGAUACUACGAAUCGAAGGGCCUUGGCUGGUGUUUGAUGUGUUUGCUGAUGUGAAGUUCAAUAUUGUAACUAUGGACGGUGAAGUGGUGGGUGAAGCUGUGAAGAAGAAAACUGGAUGUACAUGUCGCGAAGAGCCCCAUCAUUUCGGAAUCACGUUUUCCAAAGAUUUGGAAGCCGCCACCAAGGCUAUACUAAUUGGUGCAUUGAUUUUGAUUGACUUUGCUGUGUUCAACAACACCAGACGAAUAGAUCUGACAACCCUUUUUUUAAUGUGAAAAAUUGAAUGGUAGCCGUUUAUAAUUGAUGCUUCCGCCAACACGAUUCGGAAAUAUACAGUAUUGGAACCAAUAACAGCAGCUACCAUGGUUUUGAAAUACUUACAUCCAUAAAACUAGCUAAACUUUCAACAUCUACAAAUGCUGAACUUCAACUAACGUUUAAGGAUCAAGCUCAUUAGAGUGGCCGCCACUAUGGCCGACUUUUGAACCUACUCACGAUUUUAUGAGCAUGGUGGCGCUAUCUGUUCAUUUUAUAGCGGCCGUUUUAGUUAUUUUAGUGAUCCAUUCUCAUGAAAACCCAAACCAGAUCUUCUUAUUUAAAGCUUAUGGCGACGGAGCAAAUCUAUCUAUAUAUAUAUAAAUGAAUUUGAAGUCCCUUUGAGGCAACAAAACUCACGAACGGCUGAACCGAUCGGGAUGACUCUUGCAUGGUUAGAUUCGUAUUCAUGGUGGCUGUGUUUAUAUGUAAAAAAAAAGUUAAGAAAAUGAACUAAAAUGUAAGAAAGUAGACAAAAUGCUGAAUUUUCAUGAGCUGGGAAGAAAAUCAACACGAUCGAAACGAAACCAAUCUAGAGUGCGGUGCUGUUUUGAGCUCAACAUUUGUCAAACCACCACAAGACGGCAAGACAAAGUUUGCCGGGACAACUAGUACAAAAUAAAAAUUACACUAUCGUAAGUUGUUUACAUCUUAAGAUUUGUGCAUUAUUGAACUGGGAUUCAAAAACGUUUGUUCUUAACUCUUUCGGUUCGCCCAAAUUGUAGUCCCUAUUAUGAGUCCAGAAAAUUCCAUGACAGCAUAGAAUUAUUCGUUUUGCUACUCCGUGAUUGACCAGAACUAUCAAAACUGCAGAGCCCAAGGAAUCAACAAACGGUUCUUGGAAGUAGCUUACCGUCCUCAAUGUGCACGAAAUUUCAAACUUUAUUUUGUCAAUAAAAGCGCCGGUUUCAGUGACCAAACUGAAACGAGUUAAUUAAUGAAAAAUAGUUGCAUAAUGUUCCCCAGGUAACCAAUAAGCAUUUGAAUAAGCCAUAUUUCUGUUUAAUAUCUGCAUUCGGCCUGCUUAUUGCCGUAUCAUAGCAGGUCGACUGCUAAACUGCCCUAUGUAAACAAUUCAAAUGUUACUAAAAAUUUGACGGCAGUUUCGUAGCAAUUUAAAUGCACGGUAUGUUUUGGUCAACAGGCAUCAUAACUGCUACUUUAUUGCCAUGAAACUGCUAACAGAGACGGGUGAUGCUAAAACCACAACACAUUUUCACUUUUUAAUUUACGUGCAACGGCUGUAGAAGUCAUCAUUAUUCGCAUGUCCAGUCAAUAAUAGAUAACAACGAAGAAAAUCAAUGGGAAAACAUGCUUUGACAACUUAAUUCCAUGAUUGGCUUCCUAUAAAAUCGAUCUUAUUAUCAGCACCUGCUGAGUUCAUAACAUAACGAAGCAACUGCCGCCGGUGUAAUACUCAUGCCCUUAAUAUUGUGGAUUUACCGGCUACUUGUAUUCUACCGGUCGCUUCAGCAUGGCCCCCAAAGUAGCCGUUUUAUAAAAAGAGUAACCUAAAAAUGUUUUUAAAUAUUUUUUUUGUAUGCGCUAUUCCUCGUUGCCACUAGCUAUUCAGCGACAUUCAUUUUUUGACAAUCAAGUUGAUUUUUAUAUGAAAACGGCUAUUUUAUAACGGCUACUCAAGUAACCGGUAGAAUACAAGUAGCCGGUAAAUCCACAAUAGAUCAAAAAUCCAACGCGCUUUAUCUGAUCAUCUAUAGCUUACCCUGUAGCGCGGUCAGGCCCGGAUUAAGGAUUGUGGGGGCCCGGGGCCCAAGCGGAUGUGGAGGCCCCUCGGAGAGAUGACCAAUUUUUUUUCCCUUAUUUUCGAACAGUACUUGAGCAAUAUGAAAAAUAAAGCUAAUGAUAGCAACCAAAAAAGGUUUUUGUGGGGGCCCCUAAAAUGUGAAAGCACCAAAAAAAAUACAGCAACAGCAGUUCAGGACGUGCCCCAAGCCUCAAAAGUUCCACAGGAGAGUGAGAAAAAAGUAGAGAAAAGGAAGCCGUAAAAUGAGCAGGGGAAAUUAUUUGUUUUUAUUUUUGACAAUCUGGGGGAUAGGAGGGAUAAGCAUUUAAUCAGCCGUAUAUUGGGUCAAAACUUGCAUUUAAUUAGCACCAAUGGCGCAUAUACACUCCCGUGCAAAAGUUUGGGGUCACCCCCUCAAAAACGUGGAAAUGUUUUUCGGUCAUAUCUCAGUCAUCUUUCAUUCAAUCCACUCGUUCUUAGACUCUAUUGAAAGAUAGAGUUAGAUUUGAUUCGUAGGUACUUUUCUCAAAUUUUAUAUGAUUUUUUUAGUAUAAAAAGUUUACCUAAACUUACAUGUUUUUACUAAAUCUGUACGAAAUAUUGUUUUCCGUUUGAUUCAAAAUUGGGUCGACCAAAUUUUAAAAUUAAUGUUGCAUUAGAAUAGGGUUACCAUAUUGUUUACACAUGAAAAGAGUACAUUCAAGAAUUCUGAUAAAAGAGUACAAAAGAGUACAGUAAUCGAGUAAAUAUUGAUUUUUUUUUCGAUUAAAUACUGUUUGACACUCUUGAAGUUUUUUAUAUUUAAAUUCCGUAAACCAUGCUUGACACCUAAAGGUAGGUAAAUUUUCAAACGAAGUGAAAAACUAAAGUCGUGUCUACUUAAUACAUCACUGGAUAGUUAUUACAGCAGUUUAUAAUCACACAUUGUUUCAGUAUGCAUGCCAACUAUUGACCAAACGAAAUACUUGUGUGUAAGUGAUUUGUUUUCAAAUUCCUUCCGUUAAGAAUUAGCGAGAACUGUCAUUUUUUUUGUUCUAGACUAAGUUAAGGUAGAAAAUGAUGAUGAUGAUGAUAUUGUUCUACCAUCUAUUGUAGCAAGGCAGCUGCCUAUAGCACUGGAAUAAUCUGAAAAGCGAUUUGAUGAAGAUUGUGCUGUUGUUAGUGGUCAGUCAUUCUCCUGUAUGAAGGGCCAAAAAGGAUUGUGCGGACCCGCAAGCAGAGACACUUGCGCGAAACCCGCUUCAGGGGAAAAGAAUCUCCUUCCAGAAGGGAGUUCUCACGAACAACUGCAAAAUCAAGCCCUCGAUUGACAGAAUACUCCCAAUAGAUGGGGUCGAAGAGCCCGCCCUCAAUCCACGAAAUGUUAACAACAAGGAGGAGGCAGUUCCAAGCUCCUGUCCAAAUCGUUUCAAUCGGGUGCCCUGAUGGUCCCUCCCUUUCCCAAUAUAUGAUGAGAUAUGUAUAUGUAAUGUAUGUCAGUGUGUGUUGUGUAUGUUUUAUUAUACAUUUGUUUGAAAAACAAUCAUAAUCAUGGUUAUUAAGCAUUUAUAAACAAAACAUUUACCUGAUUACUCCUGAAAUAAAAUGUGGAUUAGCAACAAAACAUUAAAAAAAACAAAGCACAUCAAAUCUCGAUCCUGGAAUGUCUGCUCACCACUGAUCGGCCACUUUAGGCAUGAAAACAAUAACAAGAUAGAAAUUUGAUGUGGUGGUAGAUCUUACGCCGCAACGCACCAUUCUAAGGUGAUCUACCGACGUUACGGGGCACUAAGUUAAGGUAGAAAAUGGUAUAUAAAAUCCAUACUAAAUAAGCUAAGUUCAUUAUAUAAAGUGCGAAAGAGGAUAGAGGUGAGAUAAAAAUGACUAAUUCGUGAAUUCUACCCUAUAUAACUGUAAGUGUUAAAACCACAAAUACAUCAUUACCCCAACUUUAAUUUUAAAAUUUGGUCGACCCAAUUUUAAAUUACACGGAAAACAAUUUUUCGUACAGAUUUAGGAAAAACAUGUAAGUUUAGGUAAACUUUUUAUACUAAAAAUUUCAUAUAAAGUUUAUAAAAAGUACCUACGAAUCAAAUCUAACUCCUUAUCUUUCGAUAGAGUCUGAGAACGACUGGAUUAAAUGAAAGAUGACUGAGACAUGACCGAAAAACAUUUCCAUGUUUUUGAGGGGGUGACCCCAAACUUUUGCACGGGAGUGUACAGGGGAUGGCCAAAAUGUUUGGGAUAGGCAACUUUUUUUCUCACUCAAAAAAAUUCAACAUUCUGAAACUUUUCAUAGAGUGCAUCAAAAAAUCUCAAAUUUUGACAGUUUGUCAACCUAUUAUAUGUGCAUCAUUGGUACAAAUUUGGGCUCGAUUGAAUAAUUUUUCGCGAAGUUAGAACCGUUCGGGUGAAACACUAUUUUGUAGACAUCUUAUUUUUGAACUGUCAUAUCUCGAAAACGAGUGAACCGAAUUGAAUGAUUUUUUAACGUUUAUCAACAAUAUAUUGAUACCACUAGUUUACAGCAUUUUUGAACUCGGUAAGCUGAUGAUCAUUUUUGGUGUAGAAUCAUACCCUGAGUUCGAAAACGUGAAGGAAAAAAAUUACAGUAGAGCGGAAAUUUUUUCAACUUUUCAUACAAGGUUGAUGAUUUGAAAUCGAUUUUUGUUAUAUUUUUAAGCAACGUCGCUCACUUCAAACAUCUCAUUCUUCGUGAUCAAUGCUCCGAUUGAGCUGAAUUUUUUACUGUAACUUGCCUACAUAUGAUAUGUUGAGAAAGAAUUUUUAGAUUGUUUUUUUCUCAUUGAAAAAAAAAUACAUUUCUUGAUAUAUUUUUGGAAAUUUGGCUAAAAUUUAAGAAGAUCGUCCCUGAAACUCGCCAGUAUCUUGAAUUUCAUCAAUCUGACGCAAAACCUGCAUUCAGAUGAUCAAAUGGUAUUGUAUUCAGCUUAUAAUUUAUGGAAAAAGAUUUGAAAUUGGUUGAACAAAACGCAAGAUAUUUGAAUUUUGGUAAAUUCCAUAUUUUUAAAAGUCGUAAAACUCGAUAUUGAGCUAAAACUCAAAAAUUGCUCUACUUUAUUUUUUUUAAAGUACGGUUUAGAAAACAGCACUAAAUUGUGCUUCUAAAAUUUCGGUCGUUGACAGAAGUUCACGACUUUCAUUUUAUUUUGUAAACUAGUAUACUUGAUCCGACGUUAUAAAAUGUACUAUUUUCUCACGACGAAUUAAGUUAUACCGGGUUGAAAUUUUUACCCAUAUAGAGGAAAAUAAGUCAAAUUUACAAUACCACACAAAAAUUAUUAAAUGUGUUCUUCCUUCAAUCUAAAUAGGCUCUAAUAUAUCUGAUUAAAGAUAAUUUGAGAACAGAAUUGGAAAAUCUUUGGAUAUCAACACUAAAAUUCAUUGACAUUGAUGUAAAAAAAUUACAUUUUUUCAAGAAAAAUCCAAAAAGUGUCAAUCCAUGAUAACUUUUUUCAUCAUUUAAAAAGGACCUAUGUUUUAAUAGUUUGUGAAGCAUUUACAUAUUGUUAGUAUACGUUCAAAAUUUCAUUCAAUUCGGUUCACUGGUUUCCAAGACAUGACAGCUCAAAAAUGAGUUGUCUAAAAAAUAGUGUUUUACUCGAACAGUUCUAACUUUGCGAAAUAUUAAUCAAUCAAGCCCAAAUUUGUACCAAUGAUGCACAUAUAGUAGGUUGAGAAACAGUCAAAAUUUGAGAUUUUUUGAUGCACUCUAUGGAAAGUUAUAGCAUGUUGAACUUUUUUGUGAGAGAAAAAAAAGUUGCCUAUCCCAAACAUUUUGGCCAUCCUAUGUAGGUCAGUUUAACUUAAUCAAGUGUUUACCGAGUACAGGUCGGACUCGAUUAUACGGAGUCGGAUUCUGGCGCUUCCCAAAAUAAUAUCUCGAAAACGGAAUCUUGUAAUGUGCUGAAAUUUUGAUAGAUUACUAAUCAAAGUUGGCUUGAAAAAAUAUCAAAUUUUCAGCUUGAUAGAGCUUUCCGUUUCCAAGUUACAAUGCCAUGUUUGAGAAGGAUCAGAAUCCGACUCCGGAUAAUCGAGUCUGACCUGUACUCGGAAACGCAGUUGCGUAAAAACUGGAUAAUUGCAUAUCAAAUGAAACGGUGAAAUGACAGACGAGAUUGCCAUUUCAUUUUUACUGAAAGUAGCAAACAUCGAAUAAAACGCAUAAGGCGAAACCAUAUAGGUGUUGAUAAAAGCUAAGACAUCUAGAUAGAAAUCAAACCUACCAAAAUAAAGUUCUUGGACUAAAGCUGUUAUUUUAAGCUAAAGCUUGAUCUGAACUGUCAUAACCAUAGCCACUACCCAAACUACACACUUAGAAAAAAUGACGGAUUACGGUAAAAUUUUACCGUAAUCUCAACAGCUGAAAGUACGGUAAAAAGUUCGGUGAUUUUUCAAACCACCGAACGUACUGCGAAUCUCAGGAAAGUGCAUCUGUCAAAAUUACCGGAACGUUCGGUACUUUUUACAAAUUUACCGUAAAAAUCGCAGAACGUUCGGUAUGUUUGUUUACAACUGAAUUCUCAAUAUCACUGAACGUACGGUAAAUUUUACAAAUUUACGGCGAUUUUAUGCGAGCACAAAAAAAAAACAAUAUUUUCAUAAAAAACGUCGAUGAUGAGAUUGAAUACAUGACCAUCUGAUCAGGAACCACACUUGCUGCCACUGUACAAGAGAGUCUUGCUUGGAGAUGAUGCGCAAAUUGUAAUAGAACUGAUGCUCGAAGCUGCCGGCGUGGCUGUCAAACGCAUUUUACAGUAGUACGGUAAAAUAAUCCCAUCACCGAUCUGUUCGGUAAAAUAUUCACAGGUCUCCUGUAAAUUUGUCUGAUUCCACCGGUUCUUCGGUGAUUUCUUAAAUUUCACCGAUUUUCUCCUGCAAUUUCAUCGAUUUCGCCGUAAUACUGUAGUUUGCUUGUUUACAGACCAGUUUCGGUGAUUUUUUUCACCGAAUACUGUAAUUUAUUCUAAGUGUGUAGGCAUGAUCAAACUCUAAAAUAACACCACAAGAAAAUAACAGCAGCGAUAAAAAAAAACAAUUCGGUAUCUAUUGAAGAACGCCAGAGGCGAAGGUACACAGAGGACACUGUGUAAAACGCAUACUGCGAAGAGCCCUAUAGGUGAUUAUUAAAGCUAAUAAACAACAUACUAACAAUCCUACUCUUAUUGAGCCUCGCAGUUGAGGUUUAGGAAGGAUUGAUGAUUGUCUCGGAGAAACACAAGAUCACCUGCACUAUUGCUCCGGUUAGCGCAGUAAGGGCAGAAUACUGUGGAGCAGGGAUGCCAGAUGAUUUUUUAAAAAAUCUGUAUCACUCUUUUCAAAAAUCUGUAUCCCAUACAAAAUUUUGGAGAAAAAUCUGUAUCCCAUACAAAAAUAAAAUGGCCCGUCUUUCUCAAAUAUCUGUAUUUCAUAUAAAACAGAAUCUGUAUAAAAGCUCAAAAAUCUGAUGAUGAUUAACCUUUCAAAAAUCUGUAUAAUACAGAUAAAUCUGUAUACAGGGGGUGGCCAAAAUGUUUACGAUAGGCAAUUUUUUUCCCCACAAAAAAAUUCAACAUGCUGUAACUUUUCAUAGAGUGCAUCAAAAAAUCUCAAAUUUUGACAUUUUAUCAACCUGUUAUAUGUGCCUCAUUGGUACAAAUUUAGGCUCGAUUGAAUUGUUUUUCACGAAGUUAGAACCGUUUGGGUAAAACACUAAUUUUUAGACAACUCAUUUUGAACUGCAUAUCUCGGAAACCAGUGAACCGAAUUGAAUGAUUUUUUAACGUUUAUCAACAAAGUAUUGAUACUUAAUACAACGUUUUAAAAUGUAAUAUUUUUUUCACGGCGAAUUAAGUUAUACCGGGUUGAAAUUUUUACCCAUAU